AAAUUCUGAUGGCACUGAUUGGCACCAUUGCCACCGUUCUAGCUGCCCCGCAGUUCGACUUCAACAAUAAUCAACCAACGCCCUACAGCUUCGCCUACGGCGUGAGCGACCCUGACACAGGCUACGAGAAGGAACACAAGGAGACAGUUUCACCUUCAGGAGUGACUGAGGGGGAAUUCAGGUGGCUCCAGCCCAAUGGACUCUACAGAACUACUCGGUACACUGCUGACGAUGCCUUAGGAUUCCGUGCCAUUGUCAGUGAGGAACCUGGUGAGAGAGUUGGAAACUACUACACAAACUCCUUGCUGGGCGGCUCAGUAGAAGUCCCUUCUGUUUUCCCAAGCCGAGGAAACCUGCAGUCCUUCAGUGGCUUCCAGUCUGGAAACCAACAAUCCUUCAGCGGCUUCGACUCUGGAAACCGAAUCGUGACGAGUUCUCAGAGCUUCCAGAAUCAGGCACCAAGCAGAGUCCCAACCAUCCAGACAAUUAGCACAACUCAGGACCAAGGCUUCACCAGCCUCCCAGUCCAGAGCUUCACCAUCCGUCAGAACCCUCAGCCACAGACAUUCACAACUUUCACAACCUCACAACCCUCUCAGAGUAGCGGAAACAUCGUCGACGGUGGAAUCAUCGAUGGUGGCGUCGUCAGUGGUGGAGUCAUUGAUGGAGGAAUCGUUGGCACCACUUCCACCACUUUCGACUCCGGAUUCAACCAGUUCAACCCCAACGCCAAUUCUUUCAACGCUGGAUCGAGCCUGAGCAACUUCGGUUCUACUCCCAGUAACUUUGUCAUCAAUUCCAACAGAUUCGGUUCCACAAGGUUUUCCAGCACGAACAACAACAACCACCAAGGACUCGCUGUUCUACUGGCUGGUGACUCAAAUCGGUUCAGAGGCUAAAUGUCAAAGACUGAUCUGUUAGCUUUGUUCAACUUAUAUCUUAUUUUUGUGAUUGAAGAGCCCGGGAAUUAUUUAUGUAUACUUGA